AUGCGGCCGAGGGGCAGGCCAGCACAUACCCCCGGAACAACUGUUCUAACAUAUACCCCCAACGGCCGACACGUAAUCACUGCAGGAUCGAAUUCCGCGAUUCGUAUUUACACCGUUGGCGACGAGGGCGAACCUAGGACGAUCGAUGAGGGCGUUGAGGCACAUUUCGGAAUUACUGCGACGAAUGAUUGCUUUAUCAUUGGCGCUGAAGAUGGAACGGUCUGGCGCUACGAUCUCGAGUCCGGCAAAAUGGACAAAUUGCUUGUACGAUGUGCGCUGCCUGUUCGCGAUCUUGCAAUUUCGAGUGAUGGGCAGUGGGUUGCUGUUGCUAGCGAUGAACUCACAGUCAAAGUCGUCAAUGUCGACGACAUGACAAACGUAAAAUACCUCCGCGAACAAACCAAGGGUUCAAAACACGUCUCCUUUGACCCCAGCGGCCGAUUCAUAGCCGUUUCUUGCACGGAUGGAGUUUUGUACAUUUACUCGAUCGCCUCCGAAGAACCGGAAUUGGUCAAGAAAAUCGACGGUGCUAUUCGACGCCUGGAACCGGAGGACGAGGCUACAUCAAGAGUUGUAUGGCAUCCAGAUGGAACAGCGUUCGCUACUGCACAGGCGACACGGGAAGUUGCUAUUUUUUCGACCUCAGACUGGAGUCCACAGAAAUCAUUCACCAGCUCACACAACGGCGAUAUCACGGCUCUUGGGUGGUCGCCUAAUGGCGCUUUGCUCGCUACGGCGGGUGUAGAUGGCAAGAUUUUGCUUUGGGAGACGAGUACACAGAACAUUUUGAAACGGUAUGAUUUCGGAAACGUGAUCAAUCUUUCAUGGCACCCUUCGAUCAACCUGUUAUGUUUCACUACUUCCGAUGGCGAGCUUUACAUCUACGAGAAUUUCGUGGGUACAGAGUACCAGUCCAUUCUCGAAAAACGACUCGAGUCCUUCUCUGUCCGGUCCGGCCCGCUAGGAGAGACAUCUGGAAAUGCUCGGAAGCAGAUACCCAGCAGAUCCAAGGUUGAUGGCGGAAAUAGGCCUACAAGAGCCGGCUCACCUGACUCUUUGGAUGAUAUUUUGGGUAUGGAUGAAGACGAGAAUUUCGUGGAAGACGAUGAUGGUGCUGGGUAUGCGGAAGAAGUCAACGGUCAUGGUAAACGCACAAAUGGGCAUCUGGAUGGCCUCGACGGUCCAGAUGCGAAACGUUUGGCAUCGUAUUGGGAACCGACUGUACAUGAGGUGUUCCAGCCAGGAAGUACACCUUGGAGGGGCAAUCGGCGCUACUUAUGUCUAAAUCUGACUGGAGUUGUAUGGACAGUCGACCAGGAGUCGCACCACACAGUCACAGUGGAGUUUUAUGACAGCGAAAUGCACCGAAAUUUCCAUUUUACGGAUCCUUAUCGGUAUGACAAGGCUUGUCUAAACGAGAAUGGGGCGCUGUUCACAUCGUCGUCUCCCCCAGAUGACGGUCCAGCAAUGAUAUACUACCGCCCUCACGAAACAUGGACAACGCGAGGAGAUUGGCGAACCCAGCUGCCUCCGGGUGAAACAGUAAAAGCCAUCGCCCUGAGCGAGUCCUACAUAGUGGUGUUGACGUCGGCCAACUACGUUCGCAUCUAUACAUUGUAUGGAACGCCGUUCCGCGUUUACAGACAAAAGAGUCUGGCCAUCACCUGUGCAGCAUGGCGAGACUAUGUCAUGACCAUCGGCAAUGGACCUGUCGGACCUAACGGAUGUGCCGCGUUGACAUAUUCCAUUGAAAACGUCAAACGAGACGAGAUUUGUCAGAACGAGGAUAUCGUGGCAAUAACGGAGGGAGAACAGUUGAAGAAUGUUUUCUUCUCUGAUAAUGGGGAUCCCUGCAUUUACGACUCAGAAGGCGUUUUAUUAAUCCUCCAACACUGGCGAACACCAGGCCAAGCCCGAUGGGUCCCUCUUCUCGACACAAAGCUCCUCGACCGCUUAUCCAAAGGCCGUAAAGAGGAGACCUACUGGCCUGUUGCCGUUGCACAAAACAAAUUCCACUGCAUCAUUCUCAAGGGAGGCGAGACUCACCCGUACUUCCCGCGGCCCUUGCUCAGCGAGUUCGACUUCAAAAUCCCGGUUUCCACAAAACCGUCGAAAUCAGACGAAGACGACGACGAAGAGUCGGGCACGAUCCGCAACGACGCCGCCCGGUUUGAAGAAGCAUUCGUUCGUGAGAAUCUGUUCUAUAGUCUCUUCCAAGACCUUAUUUCCACCACCAACGCGACACGCAACCAGCGUGCUGAACUCGCUAGAAGAGAAGUCGAAAUCGACAAGAUCCUACUUCAAAUGCUGGCCGUUGAGUGCCGAGAAGGCGAAGAGCGCGGUAUGAAAGCCCUCGAAUUAGUGGGCAUGCUGCAAGAUCGUAGUGGAAAGAUGAUCGAGGCGGCAGUGAAGAUUGCGCAUAGAUUUAACCGGUCGAUUUUGGAGGAUAAGAUUCGGGAUCUGGGGGAGAGGAGGCUUAUGGGGAUGGAGGAGGACGAUGAUGAGCUUGCUUGA